AUGUCUACAAGUGGGUCGAUGUCCCAUGAUACGGGCAACGGCGACCCGGAUCUUCAUGCAUCAAGACUGCAGAAGACUGUGCCGCCAGGUGUCUCCCGUAAAAGGGCCAAGAAAACUCUACACGAUCUCCCGAACAUGCCGAUCGACAUUUUGUUCGAGAUAUUCUCCAAGCUCACUCCCCGAGACCUAUUGAGCAUUUCCAGGACGACAAAAUCCUUCAGACAGCUGCUUCUCAGUCGUCAGGCGGCGACAGUAUGGAAGGCUGCCCGCCUUGCUACGCCACCGUUCUUGGAGCGUCCGAGCGACGUCUCUGAACCCUACUGGGCGAACCUCGUGUACGGAAAAAGCUUCUGCCAGGUCUGCGGGUCCAGCGCGAACAAAAAGCGCGUAUUCUUCGAAUUGCGGCGCAGGCUUUGUGCCUCUUGCAUGGAGAGCCACUGCGUCACGCCGCCUAGAAACAUCAAUCAGCCACCCGAGUUUGACGUGACGGCACUGGAACUUCUUCCGUAUGUCAUGUACGUCGUAGGUCUGAGGAAGCGGCGUCAUUUCUGGAGAGAGGACGUCGAACGUGUAACUUUAGAAUUGAAGCGCCUUCGGGAAGACAUCGAGCAGAAGAAGCCUGGCGCAGUAGAGGCUCUCGAAAACUAUAAACAAGCUCAAGCCGCACAAACGCUUGCUAUCAUGGAGCACUCUGCGGAAUGCCGUCGUGUACUUCAACCGGUCAACCCCAAGAUGCGUCUAGCACAGCGGCGCAUCUGACAUACCC